AUGACAGAGCCUCCGCAGCGCCCGAAUCUCCGGAAACGGUCUAGUGUGUUUGCCGAUGCUGAUUAUUCGUUUACUGUAAUGCUUCUCGGGGACAGCUGCACCGGCAAGACCUGCCUUUUGAUACGAUUCAAAGACGGGACAUUCCUGAAUAAUAACUUUAUCUCUACAGUCGGAAUCGAUUAUCGGAAUAAGCUUGUCAAUGUCGAUCAGUCGAAGGUGAAGCUACAGAUCUGGGACACUGCCGGUCAGGAACGAUUCCGGUCAGUAACGAGCGCCUAUUAUCGAGAUGCCGAUGCGCUUUUACUCGUUUAUGAUGUGACGAGUCGACAGAGCUUUGACAAUAUUCGGAGCUGGCUUGCCCAAAUCAAGGAAUACGCAAAGGAAACCGUCGAGGUGACGAUAGUUGGGAAUAAAAGUGAUCUCGGCGGACAGAGAAAAGUGAAGAUUGAGGAGGGCAGGAAAUUGGCAGCUUCCUACAAUAUCCCCUACAUCGAGACAUCCGCCAAAACGGGGCACAACGUCGAGUUGGCGUUUAAUGAAUUAGCUAGAAGAUUGGUGGGUGCCGGCUCCUCAGGCCCUGCAGACGGCACAUCAGCGCUACGGGUACGGGUGCUGCGGCUCACACUGAGA